AUGGCGAAUACAACAGUAAACACCUUCCCAAGGGAGUUCACCACUCUCAUCAAGCGAUUGGAGGCCGCAACCUCGAGGCUCGAGGACCUAGCAGAGGCUCGUAGUGUCCCUCUCGCCUCAGCGGCUACAGUAUUGGCAGCACCUUCUGCAGCACCAGCACCUCCUCCUCCCCCAGCCCCACCGAAACUGGACGCACCGAAGCCUAUUGCUGCCUUCGACGAGCUCAUCCUCGACGGCAAGCUGCCCCCAUUCCUCAAGGUGAGCGAAGAACUCGGGGAUGGGGUUUGGGCUGUCGCACAAGCGUUCGGCUCUCUGCUGGAGGACAACCGCGAUUUGAUCGUUCUCGCUGCAUAUAACAAGAAACCCGCGGGGAACAAGUUGAACGACGUGUUCACACCUCUCAGUAACGGCAUGAUGGCCGCUAAGAAGAUUGCAGGUGAAUCCAAGGGAAAGCCUCUACUGGAUCAUGUGCUUGGUGUGGAUCAGGGGAUUGACGUUUUUGCCUGGGUGACUUAUGAUUCCAAGCCGGCUCCUUAUGUUGCCGAGAUACGGGACUCGACACAGUUCUACACCAACCGUGUGCUAAAGAACUUCAAGGACAAAGAGCCGAUCCACAAGGAGUGGGUAAAGGCUUUCUCCGAGCUGCUUGAGGAACUGCGCAAAUAUGUGCAGGAAUACCAUACCACCGGUCUUGCCUGGAACAUCAAGGGUGGCGACUACGCUACAUUCACACCACCGCCUGAAGCAAUGCGCGCCUCGGCUGGGGCAGUUGGCUCCGUACCUCCUCCUCCGCCCCCACCACCCGGAGGGAUGCCUCCUCCCCCACCUCCCCCUCCGCCAGGUACACUUGCCAGCACCUCCCCUCCCGCUGCAGCCAAGCCGGCCGCCGCCGACCCAGGUGCGGUCUUCGCCCAGCUCAACGUUGGUGAAUCAGUCACCAAAGGACUGAAGAAGGUCACCGCCGAUCAGCAGACGCACAAGAACCCAUCCCUUCGUGGGGGUGGGACGGUCCCCGAUAAGGCUGCCCCUGCCCCUGCAGCCCCAGCGCACGGAAGGCCGGCGAAGCCUACCAAGCCGAGGACACUGGCGGCGAAGAAGCCUGCGAAGAUGGAGCUGGAAGGAAAGAAGUGGAUCAUCGAAUAUCAGGAGAAUGAGAACUCGCUGGUCAUCGAGAAUGGAGAGAUGGGACAGGUAAUCAAUCUCUUCGCGUGCAAGAACUCCGUCCUCCAAAUCAAAGGCAAGGUGAAUGCUAUCACCAUGGUUAACUGCGAAAAGACCUCCAUCUUAUGUGAAUCCGUCGUCGCCUCGGUCGGGAUCACCUCGUCCAAGUCGUUCGCCCUUCAGAUCACCGGCACAGCCCCGACGAUCAUGCUCGACUCUGUAGACAGCGGGCAGAUCUACCUGUCCAAAGACUGCCUAGGCGUGGAGAUCGUCAGUGCCAAAUGCAGCGCGAUCAACGUGAGCAUCCCCGAGGAGGGAGCAGAGGAGGGCGUGUUUAAGGAGCUGGCGAUGCCUGAGCAAUUGAGAACGACGGUGAGCGGUGGUAGGCUGGUCACGACCGUCGUGGAGCAUGUGGGCUAGAACGGAGUUGUUUACACCUGUUGCGUAUAAUUCCC